UCCAUGGCGCUGCUGCGCUGACAGGGCUGUGAACAGCCUGUCUUCCGCUCUCAGCAGCUCUGCGUCGGAGUAGCCGGUCCGUCCCCGGGGAGCCAGUUCCUCCCCGGGCCCCUGAGCCAUGCCCAUCGCGGCCGCCCCAGACGAGCCAGGUAUAAAUUAAUUAUUUGAAAACAACUCAGCAAUGGAGCCAGACAUCAUUCGAAUGUAUUCUUCAUCCCCACCACCACUAGACAAUGGAGCAGAGGAGGAAGAGGAGGAUGAAUUUGGGGAAUUUGGUGGGUUUUCAGAAGUUAGUCCUUCUGGUGUAGGGUUUGUUGAUUUUGAUACACCGGAUUAUACUCGUCCCAAGGAAGAGUUUGUACCUUCAAACCAUUUUAUGCCAAUUCAUGAUUUCUCAGAAAAUGUAGAUAGCCUUACAAGCUUUAAGUCCAUUAAAAAUGGUAAUGAUAAGGACAUCACUGCUGAACCUUCUCCUGUGAAAGGACAGUCUGAUGUCUUACUUUCUACCACCAGCAAAGAAGUAAUUUCAUCUAAAACUCUAGAUUCUCCCGAAAAUCCAGGAGUUUUAAAUAAAGUAAUGGAGCAGAGACAGAAUGUUGGAACACCGGAAAGUUUCUCUCCAGAUUUUAGAACUGACAUGAAUGUUCAUGAAAACAAGAGGUUAGAGAGCUGCAAUGGCGAGAAGCCUCCUUGUCUGGAGAUUCUAACAAAUGGGUUUGCAGGGUUGGAAACUGUAAAUCCUCAGGGAACAGAUGAUCUGGACAAUAUAGCUGAUUCAAAGGGACAGAAGCCUCUUAGCACUCACAGCACUGAGUAUAAUAUUGACUCUGCACCUAGUCCUGCUGAGGAAUUUGCAGAUUUUGCCACAUUUUCCAAACAGGAAAGGAUACAACUGGAAGAAAUAGGAUAUGCAGUCUUAAGUGAUAGAGAAGCACUUACCAUUCAGGAAAAUAAUAAAAUUAACAGAGUCAGUGAACUGAAUUCUGUGAAAGAAGUGUCUUUGAGUAGAAGCUGUGACAAUAAAGGAGACACUGAUGGCGACGAUCAGGUUUGUGUUUCAGAAAUAAGUGUAAUGACCAGCAGAGGUUUCAGUGUUGAGCCCCGAGGAUUUCCAGCACUGCAACAGGAUGAAUUUUUAAAUUCAAGUACUCAGUCCAAGACUUGGAGUUUGGUAGACUCAGCGGAUAACUCAGAAGCUAUGCGGAGAGAACAAUGUAAAGCUGAAGAAAGACGUGAUUUACCUAAUUCUGAAUGUGAUGACCUGUGUAUGGAUUCUGUUAACACUUCUGAUGCUGGUGAUGCAGUUGGUUUUUCCAAAGAAGAAAGUAGGAAAUUUACUAAUUCUGAAAAUCCAAACAUUGAUCCCACAGAAGAAAAUGUUUUGGAUGAUUGUGUAAGUGUGAAAAAUGGUGAUAGUAGCAAUGACUUUGUGACUUGCAAUACCAAUGAGGAUGAUUUUGGUGACUUUGGCACAGCCAGUGGCACAACUCCACCUUAUGUUACUGGUACCCAAGAUUCAAUGAGCGAUGUCACUUUUGAAGAGUCCUCAGAGCACUUUCCACAUUUUAGUGAACCAGGUGAUGACUUUGGAGAAUUUGGGGAUACGAACACUGUUUCUUGCCAAGAGGAAAUGAUAUUUACUGAGUCAGACCUAAGACAGACUUCUGACAGUUUAUCAGAGGAAUGUCAGUUGGCAAGAAAGUCAAGUGUAACAGGCACUGAACCGGUUUUAAAACUGAAAAAUGAGCAAGAAGGUGAGUUUGGAGAUUUUGACUCUGUGCCAGAUACUCAAGAGGCCUGCAGUGCUUUUCAAGACUCUGAUGAUUUUGCGGACUUCAGUUCAGCGGGUCCUGGCCAGGCUGUGGACUGGAAUGCUUUUGAGAAUGAAGAGAAAGAUGGUUGCUCUUGGGCUGCUUUUGGAGACCAGCAGACUACUGAAUCUCAUCAUCGAAAGGAAGCCUGGCAGUCACAUAGGACAGAUGAAAGUAUUGAUACUCCAAGAACCCCUAAAUCGCACAGUGCCCCUGUAGCAGCUUCCAAAGGAACAGUUGCCAGUGGCCGUUUACAGGAAUCAGCCACUUCAGUUCAGACAGCUUUACUAAACCGCCUGGAGCGAAUUUUCGAAGCCUGUUUUCCCUCCACAUUUGUCCCUGAUGCUGAGGAGGAAGUUCUUUCCCUGAAGCACUUGCUGGAAACAAGCACCCUGCUAGGAAAAGCGAGAGAGGCCUUAGCUGAAAGUGGAGAACUGCUGGACGUAUGGACUGAGCUACAGGACAUCCAUGAUGCGUAUGGCUUGAGAUAUCAGUGGGGUGGCUCCCACAGCAACAAGAAGCUUUUGUGCUCCUUGGGAAUAGAUACCCGAAACAUUCUCUUCACAGGCAAUAAGAAGCAGCCUGUUAUAGUGCCCAUGUAUGCAGCAGGACUGGGUAUGUUAGAGCCCACCAAGGAACCAUUGAAACCACUGUCUGCUGCAGAAAAAAUCGCUUCCAUUGGCCAGACAACCACCAUGUCACCGGAGAUGAACACAUGUACAUCUGAUCAGUUCCAGGAGUCUCUACCACCCGUCCAGUUUGACUGGAGUAGCAGUGGCCUUACUAACCCUUUAGAUGCUAGUGGAGGUUCCACUCUUCUGAACCUUGAUUUCUUUGGGCCCGUGGAUGACAGUAGCUCUAGCAGCAGCACCACAAUCCCAGGUGUGGAUCCAGAGUUGUUUGAGUUAACAACUUCUAAGCUGGAAAUUGCCACCUCAAGCCUCAAAGUGACUGAUGCAUUUGCAAGACUCAUGUCUACAGUAGAGAAGACAAGCACAUCUACCAGGUUUUAAGAUGUAACAUGCAUUCGUAUUUCAUUCCUUUGAAUGGCUGCUUCAUAAGUCGUUUGUGUGGAAAUAGCACAUUUUAUUCAUUCAUUCAUCGGCUGAUCAACAUCUGGAUUGUUCUCACUCUUACUGUUAACAACCUUGUAUGGACAAAUGUUUUCAGUACUUUAGGGAGUCAAAGUGCUGAGUCAUAUGAUAACUGUUUUUGCUCUUUGAGGAAUUGCCAAGUUUUUCCAAAGUGAUGGUACCAUUUUACAUUCCCACCAACACAUAGACAUUCUAGUUUCUUCCCAUUCUUACCAACACUUACUGUUAUCUGACUUGGGUGGUGGCUAAUGUUGAUAAACUUUUUAUCUGCUUAUUGACCAUUUAUUUACCUUUGGGAAAAUGUUCAGAUCCUUUGCUUUGGAUAAUUUGUCUUUAUUGUUCAUUUGUAAGGAUGGUAGACCUUUGUCAGAUGUGUGAAUUGCAGAUACUUCUCAUUCUGUGAGUUUUUUCACUUUGUUGACAGUAUCCUUUGAAGCACACAUGUUUUUAGUUUUGAUGAAAUCCAGUCAGUGUUUUUUGUUGUUGCUUGGGCUUUAGGUCUAAGAAACCAUACCCAAAUUCAAGGUCAGGUAGAUUUUAAAUAGGUUUUUGCAUAAAUUUUAUAGUUAAUUUUUAUAUUUUUAUAAAAUUAACUCUUUGAAAAAAGGCUGUGAUAUUACUUCUUUUACAAAUGUUCCUCAUAAUCUGACUGACAUCAUUGCACAGUGACUACAGAUAAAUGCACAAAGUAUAAACUUUGUAAACUUAAAAUACAAUUUCAUACUGCCAUCAAGUAAUGCCUCUGAAAUAAAGCAGUUGCAAAAAAGUCCACAGUAAUUUUUAUUCACUCUACUCAGCUAAAAGUUCCUCCUUGCUCUGCUUUCCUGUACCCCAACUGUACUCCACAAGUGGGGAAGGCCAUCAGGGAUGGGUUUUAUUACUGUGUACGGUAAUUUCUAUCAUUACAGAAACAGCAAAUCUCUAUUGUAGGUGGUUAGAAAAUACAAAGUAUAUUCUUACCAUUCAGAUCACCAUGAAGGUGACUCAGAAAGUUCAUGGAAAAUGGGAUGAAUUUUGAUUUUUAAAAAAAUUGAGAUCUAUGCAUACAUUUUUCAUCAUACUCGUUUUCCCACCAAAAAGAGGUGCUAGGAAUUUAACCAUGUCAGCUGCAGCCAUUUACAUGAUUACCUGAAGAAAGGUGAAUGCCCUUUAGACAUUUAAGAUGGGAAAACAGAAGUUAUCAGGAGUUAAAGGGAGGCUGUAGGA